CGGGGAGGGGGAGCCACCGCGGGUUCCAAGGCAGUUGGGGUGGACGGUUGGACCUGCGGCCUAGGGUGAGGCGGAGCUGACUCAGCAGGUGCUGCUCCCUGCCAUCCUCCUGUCCUUGGCGACCCCCAUCCUGCCGCCCGCCUCCCUCCCGUCGCUGCUGCCUGUUGUGGCUGCCCGUUGUCUCCACAAUGGCCAGCAAGCAGGUCGGGGGCCUGGAGCCCUUCAUCCGGACCAUGACAGCCGACCCCACCAGCUACUACAUCGGCCGGAGGCUGUGGUUCUGCUUGGUGGGGCUCUAUGUGUGCAUCGUGUAUGUGGGCCAGGUGUCCUGGGAGGACCUGGCCAGCGACUUCCAGUGCCACGGGGACCCGUCGGCCGCCUGCCUGGCCGAGUGCUUCGAGAGCCACUUCAACCAGGCUGUCCUGGGGGUUUGGCACCUGGUGGGCUUCCUCUUCCUAUCCAUCUUUCUGGCCAUGGAAUUCUUGGUCGUGCAGAUGCUGCACCAGCAGGCACAAGGCCUGCAGGGGCUCGGGCCGGGGGUGCCCGGGGAGGACGAAGAGACAGGCUCACUGACCGCCAUCCAGGAGGCCUCGCUCUACCAGAAGACGACGGUCAUCAACUUGCACCGGGAGAAGACGCUGCUGGCCACCUACCUGGCCUAUUUCCUGCUGCAGUUGCUGGUGCAGCUGACCUUCCUGGUGGUGCUGCUGAGGAACCACCGACCGCUGGUGUCCCGGGGGUCCAUCUGGUGCCACACAGCGCGCUGCCCGGGCCCCCUGCGCUGCGAGCUCAUGGGCACGGCAGAGAAGCUCAUGUCGGUUAUCCUCUUGGCCACACUGUCUGGGGUCAUCAUCCUUGCCUGCAUCUUCUUCUUCUUGUACAGCAUCCAGCACUUCCUGCUCCACGGGGGCAGCCGCCAUCAUCAUCACCGCUGCCAGUCAUUGAAGACCCACACCCUAGGCCCUGGCACUGACCGUGUCUACUGAUGGGCCUUUCCCCACAGGGCUGGACUGAAACCCCCCAAUAAAACCCACAGAUUGUGCUUUCUU